ACUUCGUUCACCCAACAGAAAUAGUUAAGCCCCUCCUCAACAAUUACCGCCACAUUUGAAUACGACAUUGUUAUUGGUGUAAUUUUUGAAGCCACAAUCACACUUGUAAAGCGAAUUGGCCGAAUUGGGUAAUCUGUCAUCUUGCCUAUUGCGUUUCUGCCGGUUUUUACGUUUUUACAUCUUUACUUGCGUCAAUUUGCCAUUAAUCUCCUUUAUUCACACAAAAUAGUCUUUAUAAAGACUCGUCGGUGUAUUCUAAAGAUAGUCAGGUGAGUAAUUAUAAAAUUUUAUACACGAUUUUUACAUGCCUGUUUUUAGGGUUAUAUUAUUCGCGAUCAAGAAAAGUUGUACGCAAACAUGAAUGUCGCCGGUGCUGCUUUCUCUCCACCGAAAAAACGUUCUGCCAAGCACUUUUCAGUUGAAGACAAAACUGGCAUUUUAAAUAUCUUCAAGGCAUAUUCGGAAGACAACCCGGAGGUAUCUAAAACGGAUAAAGUUGAGUUUACGGCUAAAGCAGCAGGUAAUUUUCAUCUUAGGCACAUUCAUUUUUACUUAUUAUUGUGUAAUUUAGGUGUAAGCAUUCCGAGUGUCUACAAGAUUCUUCGGGAGUAUACAGAGGUACACGAACUUCAUUCACCUAAAAAAUAUUAUCGACCACGAGCAAUUUUGGACAAUAUUGAUUCCGGAACUAAAAGUAUUCUUCGACGUUUGCUUCAUUCUUUCUUUGAAAGAAAUGAACCACCUACCCUGAGUAAAGUUUUGGCAGUGUUACACGAAGACGAAGACUUACCCCAUUUGAAACGAACUACUUUAUGGAAAUUAAUAAAAGAAAUAGGUUUUCGAUUCGAAAAGAGGUCACGCAAUAGUGUUCUUAAGGAAAAGGACGAAAUAAUUACUUGGAAGCGUCGGUUCUUGCGUGAAAUUAGAAAAUAUCGUGAAGAAGGUAGGAAGUUGUAUUUCCUAGAUGAAACUUGGGUGAAUGCUGGGCAUACUGUAAGCAAAGUAUGGAAGGACACCACAAUUCUCACUCCAAGACAGGCAUUUAUCAACGGGCUAUCAACUGGAUUGAAAGAUGCAUCGGGCAAAGGAAAUUGUUCUCCAUAUAGGGUCCGAGGAUGGCUUCGUCGAGGAAGGUUUGCUGUGUUUUGAAUCGAAAAAAACAGGGGAUUAUCACGAAGAAAUGACCAGUGAAGUUUUUGAAAAGUGGUUUAUGGAAAUCGUUACACAUCUUGAUGAACAAUCUGUGAUUAUAAUGGACAACGCUUCAUAUCAUAGCAGGAAAAGUGAAAAAAUACCAAACACCAGUACGAAAAAAGCUGAUAUACAAACUUGGUUAACAAGCAAAUCGAUACCUUACGAAGAAGAUAUGGUAAGAGCUGAACUUCUACAGCUUGUGAAACGGGCAGCUGUUACACCAAAAUAUGUAGUUGAUGAAAUUGCAAAGGAACACAAUCGUACCGUGCUGCGAUUGCCUCCAUAUCACUGCGAAUUGAACCCAAUUGAACUGAUAUGGGCGCAAAUAAAAGGUGAAGUGGCCAGAAACAACACCACAUUUAAAAUGAAAGACCUUCAUCCACUAUUUCAACAAGCAGUGGAACAUGUUACUGCUGAAAAUUGGAAGAACGCAAUUCGCCAUGCUCAAAGUGAAGAGGAAAAAAUGUGGCAAAUUGACAUUUUAAUGGACAUCGUAGUGGAGCCAUUAGUAAUUCAUGUGGGAGAUGACUCGACAUCAACGGAGUCCGAAUCCGAGUGAAGCGAUACAGGAUUUAAAUUGUUAUGUACCUUUGUUUAUAUUCAAGUGCACUUGUAAUUUCAAAACUUUGUGCUGCUGUAAUAAUACUUUUUUGUACUUUUCUCAAUAUAAACAGUGUUUUUA